UACGGGAAAACUGCAUUCCACAAGUGACGGCUCCGCAGCUAGAAGAUGUUUUGAUGUCAACUCUAAAUUAGCUGCAGGUAAAUGUUGUCACCAUAUCAAUAGCCAGCGUUGUGCCAACGAAUGUAGUGAAUGAUGUUAGACUUGGCACAUAAUGUAUAAGUGAAUUAACAUCAAUACAUAUAAAAAACGCCCUGACAUAUUGUAACGAAAUUUGUUUCCAUCAUAGAUUGGUCAUUUCCUAGAAAAAAAACAUUAUUUCUAAAACAACAUUUAAAGCAGUAAAAUGAACAAAAAUAUAAAAUGAGUGCACCAUGAUUAUCGAUUAUUAUGUGAAGGCGUCAAUAGCGCUUAGUUUACUUGGUCGAAAACAUGCUUGUUGUGUAUCUCUUUUAGCGAUGAUCAACGCAGGUGUAGGAGAGUCUCAGAUAAGUGCGAUAUUUGCUGAACUCAAUCUGCCUGGAACCAGUAAGACCGCACUGAAGGCCCGCGAGCGAGAGAUUGGACCAUCUAUUGAAAGUGUGGCUGAAAUCUCGUGCACCACAGCUAUUCAACAGGAGAUGAAGUUGCUUCAAGCAGUUAACAACAUGGAUCCAGCUGUUGAAACAGAUGUCUCUGCAAAAUGGGGCCUGGCAAAAAAGAGGCUCCAAUAGUUUGUCCGGACACGUAACUGUUAUUGGAAAACUCACAAAAAAGUGUGUCUCGUACUCAGUUGCUAAAAAAACUUACAGGACAUGUAAGGUAGCGAAGAGGAAGAAAAUAAAAGCAAAACUUCAUUCAUGUAGAAAAAACUGGAAUGGCUCGUCAAAAGCGAUGGAGCCCUUUCUCACAUCUACCUGUUUACAGGAAAUGAAACAAAAGGGGUUGAAUAUCGAACGCUUGACAAUGGACGGAGAUUCAACCACUUUUACUCGCGUCAAGCGGUCUUUAUUUCCAGACCUUAAAAAAUCAAAUGAUAAAAAUCAUAUUGUCAAAAAUUUCGGAAAUGAAUUGUAUAAGCUAAAAUUAAAACACAAAUCAUUAUCAAACAAUAAUAUUGCCCAUAUUCAGAAAUGCUUCUCUUAUGGAAUAAGUCAAAAUAAGGGCAGCACGCAUGGAAUAAAGACCAGUUUAGACGCCCUGCCCUCCCACAUGUUCAAUGAACAUUCCUCAUCCAGCCCAACCUGGUGUAAGUCUCUAAGGGACGAGAAUUACCGACAGGCGCACAUACUGCAGGGUACCGAAUUGAGAAAAGAUUUCCAGAACGUGAUGCAUGGGUACACAAAUGAAAGUAUGUUGGAAAUUCUAGCCCAUGUGCAAAGUACUAACGCCAACGAGAACAUGAAUCACAUGGUUGCAAGGAAGGCGCCAAAGACUGUCACGUAUUCAGAGUCAGAGAGCCUCGACUUCCCGGUGUCCGCUAUGGUAGCGCAGAAGAACGAAGGUCGCCAAUACAUUUUGCAGGUCAACGAAACGCACAGACUUUCUCCUGGACAUUACACACAUAGAAAAUGUAGUGUGCUUGACGAAAGGCGAUCUAACCUAGCAGUGAAACAGAAAUCGGUGUCCAUGAAAAGGCGGCGAUCUGAACUAAAGGCUGAACGCAUGUCUAAGAACUUCAUAGAUGAAGUGUAUGAGGGGAAAACAUACAAAACAGCGGUUGGCAUCUCUGACAUCGAAAUUGAGCAUAUUGAAGACAUCCCACCCUGCCCUGCUGAAUGCAGUGAAACGCCCCAUGCAUACGGACAAGAUGAUGUCAUCGUCUUCGACCUUGAGACUACAGGAUUAGGGACAAAUAGCAGCAUUGUACAGAUAGCAGCUUUGCACGUGUCCUCGGGACAACACCUGAAUUUAUUCGUAAAACCCAAAUGUGGAUACAUUCCCACUACUGCCUCCAAUAUAACAGGUCUCGAGUUCCAUGGUGGGGUAUUAUACCAGCACUGUAAAGAAGUGACGAGCGUGGCAGCCAGCAAAGCACUUCUUGCCUUCAAACGCUGGCUUGAGGCAUUUGGAAGUCAUAUUUUGCUUGUGGCACACAAUGUCAUGUUUGACGCAAGACUGUUAGUAGCAAAAUAUCAAGAAGAAGGAAUAACUGUUUCAGAAACUAUAGGCUUCGCAGACAGUCUGCGUUUAUUUAGAACAGUUUACCCCGGGAGACAGAAUUACCGCCUGGCAAGUUUAGUUCAUGAUAUUGCAGGUGUAGACUUUGGAGCGCAUGAUGCCUCUAAAGACGUGUACGCGCUUUCUUCAAUUCUCCAGUUGCAAACAAACCUAGACAAACUGUCGAAUUGUGCUACUACUGUGUCAUCCGUGAAAUUCAAACUUCAGGAAUUAAACAACGAAAAACUAUACAAGGGAUCAUAUACAACUUUUGUUGUAUCAAAAGCACAGGCCAUGCGCCUUUCUAGGAGUGGAGUUUCAAUAGAUCACUUGAAAAAAGUAUAUUCAAGAUCGGGCCUAGAUGGUAUGCAGGCUGUAUUGAAAGAUCGGGGUACAGGGAAAUUUUACACAUAGUUGGCAUCAGCGCUUGAUGCAGUUUUUAGCGAGAAUAAAAUUAAUUUAAAUUAGAAUCGAUCAUGGCUUCUGAGUUUAUCCCAGUUUUAAUAGGUUCAUACUUACCGUAAAUUCUUGUUUCAAUUCUGUAGAUAUAUUUCAGGUAGCAAGAAUUUGAUUUUCCUACUAUUUUCUGAUAUUCUACUUAGUUCUGAUACUGGAAAAUAUUAUAUUAAAAAUAAAAAAGAUACAGAUACCAUCGUUUAUGGAUGAUACAACGUUUCACUCCACAACUAUUCUCAUG